GUUAGGAUGAUGUGUCAACUUAUUUAAGUUUUACAAAAAGUAAAUAAGAUAUAUUUGUAAUUUACUUUUAAUGUAAAGUGGUAAUAAUUGAAUGUAUUUUAGUUAACUAUAAAAAUUAUAAUGGCGGUUGUAAUUGAAACUACACUGGGAGAUAUAACUGUCGAUCUGUAUUUAGAUCAACGACCUGUAACAUGUUUAAACUUUUUAAAGCUUUGCAAGAUGAAAUAUUACAAUUUCAACUUAUUUCAUACAAUACGAAGCGGCUUUAUUGCCCAAACGGGGGACCCCAGCGGCGAAGGAUCUGGUGGGCAGUCAAUAUGGGGUAUAUUGGAAGGGCCUCAAAAGAGAUUUUUUUCAGGAGAAAAAAUGCCUAAAAUUCGGCACACUGGAGCCGGCUUACUAUCUAUGGUAGGCACUGAUGACAUGAUGAUAGGUUCUCAAUUUUUUAUUACUCUUGCCCCAGACUUAGAUUCAUUAGAUGGAACUCAUUGCGUCAUAGGAGAAGUAACAGAGGGGCAUGAAGUAUUAACAAAACUUAAUGAAGUAAUUUGUGAUGAAUCUCACCGUCCAUAUAGAGAUGUAAGAAUUACUCAUACUGUUGUAUUAGAAGACCCUUUCAAUGACCCACCUGGCUUGAGAGCUCCAUCGAGAUCUCCGUCGCCUAGUGCAGAACGUCUAAAAGGUGGAAGAAUAGCCCCUGAUGAAGAAAUUGAUGAAACCCAAGGCAAAACUGCUGAAGAAAUACAAGAAAUGAUUGAGGAAAAAGAAGCCAAAGCUCGAGCUACAAUAUUAGAGAUUGUUGGUGACUUACCUGAUGCAGAAAUAGCUCCACCUGAAAAUGUACUGUUUGUUUGUAAACUUAACCCUGUAACAACUGAUGAAGAUCUAGAAAUUAUAUUUAGUCGUUUUGGCACUAUAGUAAGUUGUGAAGUAAUAAGAGAUAAAAAAACUGGAAAUUCCUUACAAUAUGCUUUUAUAGAAUUUGAAAAUAAAAAAUCCUGUGAAGAUGCCUAUUUCAAAAUGGAUAAUGUUUUAAUUGAUGAUAGACGUAUCCAUGUUGACUUUUCUCAAUCUGUGUCUAAAAUGAGAUGGCUAGGUAAAGGAAGAGGUGUACAAUAUUUUGAUGAUGAUACAAAAAUGCCUCAGCCUAAAAAUGAAGCUAGAGAUAGAGAAAGACAUACAGACAAGAGACACAGAACAGAGAACCGAGCAAGUAGGGAAAGACAUCAUGAUAAAAGUGAGAAUAAAAGAGAUAGAGAUCGGAGAUAUGACAGAGAUAGGAAUAAUCAUAAGCAAUACAGAGAUAGAAGUAGGAGUAGGUCUAGACUAGAUUAUUCUCGGAAUAGAGUUUCAGAAAGAGAAAGUGAUAGAUAUUCUAAAGAAGAUGCACAAGUAAGAGACAAUAAAUAUAGAGACUCAAAUAAAUAUGACAAUCAUAAAAAUAAUUACUCAAGUUCUCAUAAAUCAAGACAUUCUUCUAAUUAUAAUGAUAGGAGAGAAGCUAGCAAAUCACCUAGGCGGUAUAAUGACAAAUCAGAUUAUAAAAAACGUAAUAUUGAGAAAAACGAAAAAAAAUCAAGCAGCAGUUACAAUUCGCAAAGGAUAGAUACUAAACAUAAACACUCAAAUCAUGACGAAGGGCACAAACAAAAUGAAUCUAACAGAGAAUAUAGGCAAGACAUUAAUAAAGUCGAUAAUGACCAAACAAAAAAACCGUCACCUGCAAUUAAAAAUAAGAAAGAUAAUAAGAGUAAAAAUAAUAAAAAAGUUGUUAAAAAGGAUAGCACAAAGAAGAAGCGUAAGCAUUCCACAUCAUCAUCUGAUUCAUCAGAAACAAGCUCUUCUAGUAGUGAAUCUAGUUCUUCAAGUGAAAAUGAAAGGACUAAGAAAAAAUUAAGGAAAAAAAGGAGAAAGCGUUCAACUUCAAGCAGCAGCAGUGAUACUAGCAGUAACAGUAGUUCAUCAAGUAGCUCAGAUUCAAGUGAUACUAGCUCAAGUUCUGAUAGCAAACAAUCUAAAAAAAAACGUAUGAAUAAUACCAAAAAGACAGGGCGAAACACUAAAAAGAAAUUAUAGGAUCUCCUAUUUAUCUUGCUAUUUAAAUUUUGUAUGAUAAUUCAGUACAAUAAAAUAGCUUUAAUACUU